AUGGCCAACCUUGCUAAUCAAGUUGAUGACCUUGAGAGAAGGGUUGAUGACGCCUUUGCUCUCAUUGAUAACUGUCCCACAUACGAGGCUUUGACCGAAGAACUUGAAGUUGUCCGCCUCUCUCUUGAGCAACGAAAUAAGCACGUUGAGGUGCUGGAGAAGAAAGUGGAGCAACUGGUGGCUGUGGUAGCCAAAUUGAUUGGGGGUGAGGAUGAGCCAAUAGAGCUUGAGGCCAUCCAAAAUUCCCUACCAACAAAUAUUAUCCGAUUGGGGGAUAUUGAGAGCAGAGUGCUCGCAUUAGAGGCAGAGGCCUCUCAAGCAGGGGAUUGUGCAGAAAGCUUAAAAGCUCUCACCAUCGCCCACGAUUCCUUGGUGGGUAGUGUGAAUGACAUGAAAGAGGAUGUCGUCGAAACAGCAAAGACACUUCAAGGAGAAGUCCAAGGGUUGCAGGGACAAGUGAGUUUGCUCAUGAAAGCAGCAAGCAAUGCAAAUGGGGGAGCCUUUGAGAUGGGAAAAGCCAAAAUCCCGGAGCCCAAGUCUUUUGGAGGUGCCCGUGAUGCCAGGGAGGUAGACAAUUUCAUCUUUGACAUGGAAUUAUACUUCACUGCUACCAAAAAUGACUCUGAUGCAGGUCAAUUGAAAAUGGUGCCGAUGUAUUUGGCAAAUGAUGCAAAACUAUGGUGGAGAACCAAGGUGGAGCAAUCUAUUUCUGGCCAAUGUUCCAUUGUCACAUGGGACGAUUUCAAGAAGGCACUAAAGGCUCAAUUUUAUCCGGAGAAUGUGGCCUAUAAUGCGCGGUGCAAGCUAGCAGAGCUACAGCACACAGGCUCUAUCCGAGAAUAUGUAAGAAGUUUCACGGCACUCAUGCUCGACAUUAAGGAUAUGUCCGAAGCUGACAGAUUGUUCAACUUCCAGAAAGGUUUAAAGCCUUGGGCCAGGAAUGAACUGGUCAGACGGGGAGUAAAGGAACUCAGCACUGCCUUAGCCGCAGCCGAGAGUCUCGAUGAUUAUUCAAGCAAUGUUUCAAAGAGAAAGUUUAACUCCCCUCCAAGUUCGGAUAAUCGCCCAAACAAAUGGGGUCGAAAUUCGAGUGGGGGAGUGGAUCGAAGCAACUCCAACUUUGGAGGGACAGAAAGGAGAACUUGGACCUCGGGGCCUAACACCCACAAACCUAUGAGCCAAAAUAGGGAACAGGGUAACUCAAGACAGGGGUCGGCACACAUGUCCACUGAUAAGACCAACUCCUUUAAGACGAAUCCGUUGAAAUGCUUUCUCUGUGAUGGGCCACAUCGGGCUAGAGAAUGUCCAACCAAGAGUGCUUUAAGUGCCUUAAAGGCCAUCUUUGAGGAAGAAAAGAAGCCCGAAGAAGAUAGGGAAUCAAAUGAUCGUGAUGCCUCAGCAAUGGGUGCCCUACGAAUUCUUGGAGCUUUGGAAAAACAGAAACCAACAGCUACUACGGAGAGGGGAUUGAUGUAUGUGGACCUACUCAUUAAUGGGAAAAAUGCUAGGGCUUUGGUAGACACAGGUGCCACUGAUAAUUUUGUAGCUGACACACUGGUUACCCGAUUUAAGCUAACUGUGCAAGCCGACGCAGGGAAGAUAAAGGCAGUGAAUUCUCAAGCCUUGAACACUGUGGGAGUUGCUCGUGGUGUCUCUUGUCAGAUGGGACCCUGGAAUGGCAAAAUAGAUUUUACGGUGACUCCCCUUGAUGACUUUGAUGUAGUAAUCGGGAUGGAAUUUCUGAAGAGAGCUCGAGCAAUCCCAGUCCCAGCUGCAGAUUGUAUCUUAUUAAUGGGAGACAAGCCGUGUACCAUUCCCACAAGUUUUAGCCCAAUAAGUGAAAAGAAGUUGUUAUCGGCCCUCCAGUUUAAGAAAGGUGUCAAGCGUGGGGAGCCGUCAUAUGUGGUAGUUCCCCUUGUCCAAGAAGGGGGAAAAGCACCACCAUUCCCUCCGCAGAUUCAAGAUGUGAUGACAAAGUUUCAAGAUGUGAUGCCCGAACGGUUACCUGCAGUCUUGCCUCCCCGACGUAGUAUAGAUCAUGAGAUCGAGCUAUUGCCAGGAACCAAACCUCCUGCAAGAGCCCCUUAUAGAAUGGCUCCACCGGAAUUGGCAGAAUUAAGGAAACAGCUGGAUGAGUUAUUAGAAGCCGGAUUUAUUCGACCAGCGAAAGCUCCAUUUGGUGCUCCAGUUCUUUUUCAAAAGAAGCAAGAUGGUAGCUUGAGACUUUGUGUGGAUUACCGGGCUCUUAAUAAAGUCUGUCUGAAACAAAUACCCCAUCCCCUUGAUUGCGGACUUAUUCGACCAGUUGGGGCAGGCUAA